ACGCAAACGUCUUUCUAUCUGGUCACGUGACUGAGACCGUAGCACGACCUCAGCUUUUGGCUAGUCGAUAGCAGCAGAUCCAUCUAUUUAAAAGCUAAAUUAUGUCGUUUUGAUUUCUCCCAAAUACAUUUUCUUCCAUUUUAUGCCCUGGUAAACACUAGUGUGUCCAGUAAAUAUAGCGGAGUUGCUUCUUUCAUAUUUUUAAGACACAUUCUCGAGCUAGCUUACCGAGGUUUAGCACGUUAGCUAACAUCAACAUGAAUAUUGACAACAUAAAUCAGUCUGUUACAACUGGAGUUCCUGCUACAACCUCUUCAACUUCAAGUAACUGCAUCGCAAAUGACAACGCUACGACAAACGCCAGCAGCAUCCCUUCAGUGACAACUGGAGCCUCAGCACCUGCAGUGACACCUUCCGCAGACUCAUCAGUUUCCAAUGGGGUUUAUCUUCCAAGUGGAAUCACAAAUGGGGACAUAAGACCUGCCAUCUCUACCACACCUCUAGCGGAUUUCCUCAUGCAGCUGGAAGAUUACACUCCAACAAUUCCUGAUGCUGUUACAGGCUAUUACCUAAACAGGGCGGGCUUUGAGGCUUCUGAUCCAAGAAUAAUCCGCCUGAUCUCCCUUGCAUCUCAGAAGUUUAUCUCAGACAUUGCUAAUGAUGCACUGCAGUACUGCAAAAUGAAGGGAACUGCUUCAGGGAGCUCCAGGAGUAAGACAAAGGAUAAAAAGUACACUCUGACGAUGGAGGACCUGACACUUGCCCUCUCUGAAUAUGGCGUGAAUGUCAAGAAACCCUAUUAUUUCACAUAGAACUCAUUAUUUAAACCUUUUUUGAUUCUUGCUAGCAAUGAGUGUCCUGCUAACCUUUUAGAGUCUUUUGUCAGCUUUACUGACAAGCGUUUUUUGACCAUGGUUUGGUACAGCUUUAUAAAUACUUAAAGCAGCUUGUGAGUUUCUUGUGAAGUUUUCUUUGAAUUUAGUUAGCUGUGGAAUUUUUGUUUUAUGAUGAAAAUAAAAGAUAUUUACCAAAACUA